AUGAGUGAUGCGAAAGAACAAUCGCAUGAUCAAAAUGCAGAAACCGAAAUUACAGAUAUAGAAGAUGGGGUUAACGAAAGAGCCUUACUGCGCAAGCUGGAUUGGAGGCUUCUACCAGCGGUUGGCGUCUUAUAUCUUCUCUCAUUUUUGGAUCGUAGCAACGUUGGAAACGCCCGUAUAGAGGGCAUGGUGAGCGACCUUCAUAUGACGGGGAACCAGUAUCUUACAGGAUUAACGGUUUAUUUCAUUGGCUAUGUUCUCUUUGAGAUUCCUUGCAAUGUCAUUCUUAAAAAAACAAGCCCUCGGUUAUGGCUCCCAACACUGACAAUAGCGUGGGGUGUUACAGAAAGUGGACUUUUUCCGGGCGUUGUCUUCUAUCUCUCAAUGUGCGCAGCGUCACUUGCAGGAGCAUUUGGUGGCAUAUUAGCAUAUGGAAUUGGGAAAAUGGCAGGCGUUGUUUGGAGCAAUGGAUGGCGAUGGAUUUUUAUUCUUGAAGGGAUUGCCACCGUCAUCGUGGCCACUAUAGCGUACUGGUUUAUCGAGAAUUAUCCGGAUACUGCAAAGUUCCUUACAAAGCCUGAGAGAGAAUUCAUCCAGACUAGGCUGGCGGCGGACUGCGAUGCAAUGAUCAAAGAAGAAUUCACCUGGAGUGCUGUACUAGAAGCAGUGCGGGACCCAAACUGCUGGCUUUAUAGCUUGGGCUUCCAUACAAUGAGCUUGCCACUUUAUACGCUCUCUUUAUUUCUGCCAACCAUUAUCAGCAACCUCGGAUAUACAGCAGCAAAGGCCCAGCUACUUACAAUCCCCCCGUAUGCACUGGCGUUUGUCACAACAGUAGUAGUCGCUAUUGCAUCUGAGAAAUUGGGGAAAAGGGCCGUUUUCCUUGCUGGUUCCUCGCUUACAGCGGCGAUUGGAUAUAUCAUUUUGCUUGCAAACACUGAUCCUGUUGCACGGCCGGGGGUGUCAUACUUGGGCACAUUCUUCGCGGCGGCAGGAAUCUAUCCAUCAACCGCACUUGUCCUUUCUUGGCCUGCAAUUAAUGUGUCAGGACAAACUAAAAGAGCAAUUGCAAAUGCAAUGCAAAUUAGCAUUGGGAAUUUAGGAGCCGUAAUGGGAACACAGCUUUAUCGAUCCAACGAUGGACCGAGAUUUGUUGUCGGCCAUUCAAUGGCCCUAGCAUAUCUAUGCGCAAAUGCCAUUGUGGCUACCUACAUAGGCUGGCGACUAAGGGCUCAAAACAAGGCGAGGGAAGAAAUCGCGCCGGAGAUUCAGAACGUGGGUGAGGCGUUGGACUGGCAAGGAGACAAAGACCCUCGAUGGAGAUUCUCCUCUUAG